UCAAAGAACAAAAAGAAAGAGCACAGCAACAACAAGAAAGAACACUCCAAGAACUCAAAGAACAACAAGAAAGAGCACAGCAACAACAAGAAGGAACACUCCAAGAACUCAAAGAACAGCUAGAAGAUCGCUUCACGGGAUUACAGCAACAGCUACAAGUAGUACAAGAUGGAAGUGAGUCAGUACGAAGAGAAAUGACUGAUGUGACCACGAAGUUAGGACAACGCCUGAUAGAAGUGGAGAAAGAACACACAAAUCUUCAACAAGAGAUGGAGGUGGUACAGGAGACGACACACAAAGAAAUAUAGAAGUGCAGGGAAAUGUGAACCGUACUGAACAGGCAGUUUGUGACGUAAGUGACAGAGUGAAGGCCCUUGAAGACUGCUUGGCUGGAAACGGACAGCCAGUGCCUGCAGGGGCUAGUUGUAUCCAAAAUGCUUCUCCUACGCAAGUCCGGGGUAGUUUGAGCCCUGUUUCGCCUGAGUUUAUCCCCGCAAGAAGUUUCGCCAGCCCCAUGAGUCUGCUGGGUUCGCCUGUUAGAAAGAAGCCUCAGGAGUUUGAUGGCAAGGUCUCCUGGGAGGCUUACCGCGCUCAGUUUGAGCUGUUGGCAGCGCGGAACGGAUGGGAUGACCAAGAGUGCGCGGUACAGCUGGCCACUAGCCUGAAAGGGGCGGCGCUGGAGGUCCUUGCUCAGCUCGACAAUGCGACAAAGGGCAGCUACAGCGGGCUGGCACAGGUGCUGGAGCAACGAUAUGGGACCAAGCACCAGAACGAGCUCUUCAGGGUUAGGUUCAGAACCCGCAACAGGAGGCGCGGCGAGUCUCUUCAGGAACUCGCUCAGGACCUUGAGAGCAUGGCACACAAGGCAUACCCAGGUGCCACCCCUGACCUGCUGACGGUUUUGCUGCGUGAUCAAUUCAUCGAUGCCCUGGACAGCCCUCAGCUGAAGAUACAAAUGAACCAAGCUAAGCCAACAUCAAUGCAGGAAGCUCUGGCACGUGCCAUGGAGUUUGAGUCCUUUGUUAGGUCUAGCUUGUCAAGCUUCAGGGACGACUCGACUUCUGUCAAGAUCAAAACGCUAAGUAUCCAUAUCAUCAACAUUUUCUUUCUCUUUUUGUUAUAUAUUGCAAUACUUUAAGUUAUCAAUUAAUCAGUCAGUCAGUCGUGUUUAUAUUUUAGGCUCAUAUCCCCCACUUCCCCCCAGGUGAAUGUGAAUGCAAGAAAUUACAGGUGGUCUGAGUCCCGCAGCAAAGUGUGUCAGAUGUGUGACAGGGGUGUGGAUGAAACUGUCGUGCAUGUGAUACUGGUGUGUGGGAGGUACCGGAGAGAAAGGACGGAGAUGAUGAGGGUGGCACUGAGUGAGAUGGGCUGGGAUGUGAAUGGGAGGAUUGCAAGGACAGAGAGGGAAUGGAUGCUGCUGCUGCUGGGACUGAGUGAUGAAGCAAAUGAUAGAAUUAUAGAAGCCAUGAAGAGUUUUCUGGAAAAGAUGUGGUGUGCAAGAAAUAGGGAAUUGGAAGAUUUGUAAUGGAUAUAUACUGCUUGUGUUGUUUUAUUUUUACAGGGUGUGCCGAUACGAAGGCCUGACUCUACAACGGGUCACCUGUCCAGCAAGAGCAAGAGCAAGAGGGCGGGAAGCAAAAACCACAACAAACUCGAGUGGCUGACGUUCUCUGCUUUCCCUACCUGUUUAACUUAUUACAAGGACGUCUAAGUUUGUGAAAUACGACGAUGGAGGGAUUAAAGGACAGGGAUGUGUUUCUUCACCUGUGGCAGAAAAGAAACCUGGAGAGUGAGAAAUACGAGAGAGCAGGAAAGGCAGAGACAAUAAGGUUCAAUCUGGCGCAGCUCAGUUUCGUUAAGAAUUCAUUCAGUGAGAUCAAUGACGUCUCUGUGGCUGGCAAGACUCAGGAGCUCUUGUCUGAGUAUGGAAAACUGAUGGACAGGCCAGAGAAGGAAGGCGGGCUUAACAAUUAUGGCGAGCCCAUCCUUGCUCUCAUUGGGAAGAGCAAAAAUGGUGAGGAUUAUUGUAAACUUGAGAGCAAAUACUGGAAGUCAAGUUUGAGCUCAGAGGAAGUCAUUAAUAAGUACUUGAAGCCUCAGUUAGAGGUGAAGAAAGUCCCACAAGAAGAGUACAAGCAUCUGGCAGACCUCUUGAAUAAGGCAGAGGACAGGAAGGAGCAAAGUGUAAAGGGGGAGAGGCUUCGUAGGAAGAGAUCUGGAUCCCAAGCAUUGCCAGAACACAAGGAAGAGAGACCAGAUCAUGUGGAGGCUUCCAAGUGGACUCCAGGAAGCAAUAGAAAUCAGCAUCCAUCAAUAGCCUUUGUCUCCCAGCCACCAGAAUCAUAUGAUCAGCAUCACAGGAGACCCAAACAAGGCACCUCAGGCAGUAGGGGCAGAGGCGUCAUGAAUGGAAGAGAAGGAAAAUACCCGUGGAAUAGAGUCGGGCAAGGAGGAGGAGAACUGGGACAACCACAGAACACAAAUAACAGUGAUUUUGCCAGUGGAAGGAGAAGUGUUAGUGCACCAGCCCCCCCCUCCAGUAAGCCUUGGGAAGUGAACAGGGAGUGGCAGAGGGGUCAGAGGCAUGGUGGCAGAGCUGGUAACUGGGGCAACAGAGGGAGAGGAGGCCGAGGAGGCGGUUCAUGGAACAGAGGUGAGGAAUACUCUGCCGGGGAGUCUGCACAAGUUGGUGGAGAUGCAAGAACGUCCUGCUUCAAGACUGCUUCUCACCAGCUGUUAUUGGAUCAGCAGAAGAAGUUUGGCAGAGGAGGUGGAGGAGGAGGAGGUGGAGUGGGUGUGGGAGCAGCAGCGUAUGGCUCGGGAACCCGCUCACUGGGGAUCCGGAAGGGUGUUGGAAAUAGGUUUGUGCCCCCCGUGCGGAAAGAGGAUGAAUAUGGUGGUAGUGGCGAGAUUAUGCGACGGUGCCUUCCUCAAGGGGCCUCUGGAAGGGGUGGAGAAGCCGAGGACAGUCCCUAUGCAGAGUUGCUGACUGACCCAAGACUGGCGAAUAUAGACGGCAAGAUGGUGGAACUGAUCAUGAAUGAGAUAAUGGACAGCGGGCUGGAUGUGACGUGGGAUGACAUAGCUGGCCUCAAGCUUGCCAAGACCACCAUUCAGGAGAUUGUGGUCUGGCCCAUGCUGCGUCCCGACAUCUUCACAGGGCUGAGAGGUCCACCCAAGGGCCUAUUGCUCUUCGGCCCACCAGGAACAGGGAAAACAAUGAUUGGUAAAUGUAUCGCCUCUCAGAGUGGGUCGACAUUCUUCAGCAUCAGUGCCUCUUCCCUCACCUCCAAGUGGGUGGGCGAGGGAGAGAAGAUGGUGCGAGCAAUGUUCGCUGUGGCCAGGUGCCACCAGCCGGCUGUCAUCUUCAUCGAUGAGAUUGACUCCCUUCUCACGCAGCGCUCAGACUCAGACCACGAGAGCUCCAGGCGCAUCAAAACAGAAUUCCUCAUACAACUGGAUGGCGCCACCACCGAGAAUGAGGAGAGGCUGUUGGUUGUCGGGGCAACCAACCGACCCCAAGAACUAGAUGAAGCUGCGCGAAGACGGCUUGUCAAGAAACUCUACAUCCCCUUGCCUGAUGAACAGGCUCGGCAGCAAAUCAUUGAGAAGCUGAUGGUGAAGCAGAGCCACACGCUGGAGCUGGGCGACAUCCAGCGUGUGUGCAGGAUGACGGAAGGCUACUCCGGCGCUGACAUGGCCAACCUCUGCCGGGAAGCUGCUCUUGGGCCCAUCCGCUCCAUCAGCUUCGACGACAUCCAUCAUAUCUCAGUUGAACAGGUUCGGCCGAUAACGGUGGAUGACUUUGUGAAGGCCCUGAGCUGCAUCAAGGCCAGUGUGUCGGACAAGGACCUUCACAUGUACGAGGAGUGGAAUAACAAGUUUGGCAUCUCCUCGCGGUAGUUAGGUGAUCAUUUGUGUGUUGUUAGUUCAUGUUAGUGUUUGUUAGUGUUGUUAUUUCAGUUUAGAUUGUUUUAGUUUUGCUUCAUAAGAUCGAUUCGUUUGGAUUAGAAUUGAGUUAGGUAAUGAGAUGUUGAUUUGUCAUUUGUGUUAGAAGUUGAUGUUAUUUAAGUUCAGACUGUUUUGAAUUUUAGCUUCAGGAUAGAUUGGUUUAUGUUAUGCUGUAUUUGUGUGUAUAAAUUGAGGUUUUUAGUUAGCUUCUUCACGCAGUAGUUAGAUGAUCAGUUGUUGAUGUUAUUAGUUCAUGUUAUAGGUUAUUUGUGUUAGGAUUUCAGUUUGGAUUCUGGUUUUAAAUUUCAACUUCAUGAUGACUGGUUUGUGUUGUUCUGGUGUAUAGAGAGUGAGAUUUUCUGUCAGUUCACAUUCUAACUUAUUGAACAGAAUACAUAUAUUUUAGUUACAAGUACAAUAAUUUCUGUGUUGAUUUAUUUUUUUAUUUAUUUAUUAUGGAAUUGCUCUGGAUUCACUGAUUUUUAUGGUUGAUUUUUUAGAUCUUACAGAUUAUGAAAUCAAAUUGGAAAUUAUAGGAUUCUAAUUAAAUACAAUUAUGUAAAACUGUAAAUAAGUCUCUCCUCCCUUCUAUCUAUCUAUAUCUCCGUCGCCUUGCUCCCUUACAGGAACUUCCCUCCAGGGGGUGGCCACGGCAAAAGUGUCUCCAUCUUUCCCUGUUCUGGCACUCCCUCUCAGCACAUUCAACCUUGCUACUUCCAAAUCUCUCACUUCAAUACUUACUUACCCUUUUGAUCACAGGUGGUCUUCCCAUUCCCCCUUCCUCAAUCUUUCCCACAUACACUCUCUUCACAAAUUCAUUCUCCCCCAUUCUCAUCACAUGUCCAAACCAUCUCAGCGCACCAAUCUUCACCUACUCCAUCACUCCACAAUCCACUCCUUUCGCUGUCACACCCAUACCAAACAGCUCGUACACGCUUUCAUUACUUUCUCCAUCCCAACUUGAAACACCACAUGCAUCAUCAUCAUCAUUUCAUCGACGCCUGCUCCUAGGAGCUCCCACCAGGGGAUGGCCACAGCAGAAGAGCUUCCAACUUUCUCUAUCCAGACACUCCCUCCUUGCCUGCUCAAAGCUUCUCAAAGAUCUUUCCCCCCUCUCCCCAACAUACUCUUGCACCCUAUCCCUCCAUUUCACUGGAGGUCAUCCUCUAGCAUUCCCUCCCUCUAUCUCACUCACUUACACCCUUCUGGUCAUCUUACUCUCCUCCAUUCACUCCAUGUGGCCAAACCACUUUAAGGUCUGUCGCUUCACUUCUUCCACCACUCCACACUUCUUCCCUUCACCCCUGUGAUACAUUCCAAAAUGCUCGUACACACUUUCAUUACUCAUUCCAUCCAUUCUACUCACACCACAAACACUCCUCAAAUAACUCAUUUCCACUACCUGCACUCUAAACCUCUGACUUUCAUUCCAGGCCCACGUUUCACUUGCAUAUGUGAGGGUUGGUACUAUUAUUGUAUUUUUCAAAUCCCUCUUUACCUCCAUGCUCACACUUCUGCCAUUCAUGAUUCGUCCCAAAGACCCUACCACCCUUCUUCCUCGCAAUGCCCUUUCUCUUAUCUCUCCCUCCAUACCACCAUGCUUACACAUAACUGAUCCAAGGUACUUAAACUCAUUGACUUCCUCCAUUUCUUCACCAUUCAAAAUUAUUUUGCAUUCUUUUUCACAUUCAAUUCCCACCCUAAAUGGGCAUGCCAAAUCUACAACCUCACUUCUACUUCGCUCACAAACCAUCACUUGACUUUUGUUGACAUUUACUUUCAGCUUUCUCCUAUUACAGACACUAUCAAAAACACUGACCAAAUUUUGUAGGUCACUUUCAUUUUCUGCAAUGAGCACUUUGUCAUCAGCAAACAGUAUCGAAUUCAGUAUCCACUUCCUUCCCUCAUCGAAUAGUCUUAUUCCAACUUCUCCAACUUUGCCCUUCAUUUCUCUAAUGACACCAUCCAUAUAAAUAUUGAAUAACCAUGAUGACAUGAUGCACCCUUGUCUUAAGCCCACUUUUAUCUCAAAAUGUUCACCUGUUUCUCCAGUAAUUUUGACACAUGCAGAUGCAUCCUCAUAGAAAGACUUUAUUGCACUAAACAGUUUUCCUCCCACACCUUAAAUCUUUAAAACAUCCCACAAUGCAAUCCAAUCGACUCUGUCAUAAGCUUUUUCCAAAUCCAUGAAGGCAGCGUAUAUUUUCUCUCCUUUUGCUAUUAUUUUUUCUACUACCAUCCUGAAGGCAAAUAUCUGAUGCACACAUCCCCUUCCCUUCCUGAAGCCUCCUUGUUCUUCACUGAUUUUCUCUUCUGUAAGUCUUUGCACCCUCUCUAUUAUGACUUUUCCAUAUACCUUUCCAGGUAUACUCAGGAGACUUAUACCUCUAUAGCUCCCACAUUCCCCUCUCCUACCCUUCCCCUUGUAAACUGGGACAAUGAUGGCUUUCGUCCAGUCUGCUGACACCAAUUCCCCCCCUCCCAUGCUACUUCACAUAUCUUGACCAUCCAUUUAACAACUACAUCUCCUCCACACUUCAACAUUUCUGCUGUGAUUCCAUCAAUUCCUGUUGCCUCUCCAUUUUUUAAUCUUUUUAUUGCCUGAUUUACUUCUUCAUAUGUUAUACUUCUUUCUUUAUAAACUCCUCCUCUACCUCUACUCAAAACUGUUGCUGUUACAGCUGCUGGACGUCCAUCCUCAAAAUUCAUUAAGUUUUUGAAAUAUUCUCUCCAUCUCUCUUUCACAGCUUCCCCAUCUUUCAAAAUCUUUCCAUUCUCAUCCAUAACUUCAUUUAUUUUACUUGAGGAGAUAUUUUCUGCAUUUCUGUCGUUUUUUACUUCUUUCCAAUAUGAUUUCCUGUUCCCUUUAUAUUUUUCACUUAGUCUUUUUCCAAAGUCUUCAUCAACUCUCUUCUUACUUUCUUUUAUUGCUUGUUUUAAUUUCAUUUUUCAUUCUCUAUAUUUCUUUUUCCUUUCCCUUUUUACUUGUUCAGACACAUUUCUUUCUUGAGUUUUCUUAAAAAGUUCCCUUUUCUCUUUUACUCUCCUCCUUAUCUCUUCUGUCCACCAUGAAUUUCCUUUUCUUUUUCCAUCUCUCACCACUUUCAUCCCUAACACUUUUUUUGUUGUAGUUACCAUUAUUUCUUUACAUGUUCCAAAACCUUUUUCAAUAUUUGUAUUAUCUUUUACACUUUCCCAUUUUUCACUUAUGGCCUUUGCCAUUUCAUGGUUAUACUCAUCUUUUAUAUCUUUUUCCUGUAACUUUUCUAUCUUCAGUAUUUCCUUUUUUACUUCACCUUUCUUUUCAAACACCCACUUUUCUUUCAUCUUUAACUUUGCCAGCACUGCAAGAUGGUCAGAUCCAUCGAACAUUCCUCUUACUACCUUUACGUCACAAAUUUCUUUACUAAGCCUUUCAUCUACUGCCACAUAAUCAAUCAAUCCUUUUUGCUCAUUAUCUUCUUCCCUCCUCCAUGUGUAUCGGUGGAUAUUCUUGUGCUGAAAGAAGGUGUUUGCUAGGAACAUUCCCCUCUCAGCACAGACAUCCACCAGGCACUCUCCAUUUUCAUUCUUCCCAGGUAUCCCCCAUUUUCCCACCACAUCCAUCACACAUUCAUCACCCACUUUAGCAUUCAUAUCUCCCAUCAUAAUAAGUUUCCUUUCUCAAAACUCUUCAAACAUGCAUUCACUUCCUCCCAAAAAGCUUCCCUUUCUCUCAGUCCUUUUUUACUUUUCACAUUUACUGGUGCAUAAAUACACACUCAUGCAUACUUUACUAAACCUACUUUUCCUUUCACCCACACAAUUCUUGAUCCCUUCCAACCAUAAUCAGUCACACCAUUCCACACUCUUUCAGACAUCACAAUCCUUCCUUACUCCUGCCUCUAUACUUCUCAUCCAUCCCCGUCCAUACAACCCCCACAGGCACACCCUCCCACGUACCCUCUCUACCAUCACUCACACCAGUUCCUCGAAUAUGUGUUUCACUUACUCCCAACACAUCCACUCUACCAUUUACAAAAUUUUCAAUCAUCACUUUCCUCUUUUCCUCACCACCUAAACCAUUCACAUUAAUAGACACCAGUCUCAUACAUUCCUUUCUUUUCUGCUGCCCUCUGGCCAUUGCUCCUGCCUCUAAAAACUCUAUAAAAGUAUCAUUGGUGGCCAGUCCAAUGUGGUGUUAUGGAGACUUGCUCCUUGUCAAGGCUAAAAGGAUUAAAACAAAGCAGCUGAUGGUCACUGCCCCCCUCCCCGUUGGUUCUACCCUGCAGGGUAUACUAACAGUGCGCACCACGUGAAGGUGAGGAUGGGGUAGGCUACCUUCCCAGUCAGAAGGUAGCUGUAUUGCUCCUUUCCCAAUACCCUAAACAAGGGAGCUCUACGCAUAGGCAGCCAAAACGCACCUCGGAUGAACCUCAUUGGUUACGAUACUGCCACUGCGCACCACAUGCACCUCUUAUAUAACUCAUUUCCACUGCACAUAUUCUCGAUUGCUGUGCUGCAUUCCAUGUCCAUGUCUCUGAUGCAUAUGCGAAAGUUGGCAGGAUAAUACUGUUCCUUAUUCCCCUCUUUACCUCCAUGCUCACACUUCUUCCUUUCAUAACUCUCCAAUGCACCCACCACCUGUCUGCCCUUCAUUGCUCUUUCCCUCACCUCACCUUCCAUACUGCCAUGCUUACAUGAAACUGUCCCUAAAUAUUUAAACUCAGUCAUCUCCUUCAUUCUCUCCUCUCCUAACCUUAUCCUACACUUUGUUGUACCCUCUGCUCUAACUCUGUAAGGCUUUGUAAAAUCAGUGACCUGCUCUCUUGUCCUCUCAAAUACCAUGGCCUUACUCUUUCCAGCAUUCACUCGCAGCUUUCUCCUCUUACACACCCUGUCAAACUCAUCCAUUAUCCUCUGCAGCAUCCCCUCAUUCUCUGCCAACAACACUGUAUUAUCUGCAAACAGGCCCACAACCAAUGACUCCUCAGUACCUCUCACUUUCAGCCUUGAACCAAGCUCCCCCACUCUGGCUUUCAUUUCUCUCAUACAACCAUCCAUGUACACAUUAAAAAGCCAUGGUGACAUCACACACCCCUGUCUCACACCCACACCAACACGGAAAGUCUCACUCAACUCGCCAUUCACGCAUACAAAGGCACUCGCAUCCUUAUAGAAGAAUCAGAUUCCCUCCAGCAAACACCCUCCCACACCAUAUAUCCUUAGAACAUCCCACAACCCCUUCCUGUCAACCCUGUCAUAUGCCUUCUCCAGGUCCAUGAAAGCAACAAACAGCUUCCUAUCCUUCUCUAGGUAUUUUUCAACUAACAUUUUGAGUGCAAAUAUUUGGUCUACACAACCCCUCCCUUUCCUAAAGCCCCCUUGUUCAUCUCAGUCAUUUUCUUCAUCUUCUCAUUUAAAACACUUCCACACACUUGUCCUGCCACAUUGAGUUAUACUUAUUCCCCUGUAACUAUUACAAUCACCUCUGCUCCCUUUCCCUUUGUACAGUGGCACAACAAUAGCCUUUCUCCAAUCCUCUGGCACCUCACCCUGUUCCCAUGCUAGGCUACAUAUUCAUAAUAUCCAUUCCACAACUACACCUCCAUACUUCAACAUUUCUGCUGUUAUGCCAUCAGUUCCAGGGGCCUUUCCUACUUUUAACUUCUUCAUUUCAUACUUAGAUCAUCAUUAAAACACUAGGUUAUUUUUUUAUGUUAGACUCAAAAAUCAAUAUAUCAAAGAGAAAAAUCAUUUAACUUUGCCCAAAAAAUUAUUAUUCACUGCCUCAAAUUUGAUAUUCCAUAUUCGUUUGUGAGCAUGCCAUGGUAUUGAAGGCACCCGGUGUUGUGUUAUUUGGUGUCCCAUCGUCAAAAGCUGGCGCUUUUGUUUACAAACACUAGUCUCUCGUGAACUGCGCAAGUUCAGACCAGUAAGCGAAGCCCUGUACAGUCUCACAAAGCUUUUUAACACAUUAAGAGUUGCUGGAAGGCUAAAUCUGACAAACAAUACCACCAUUCUCGCUGUUUUUAGAAUGACACUCUGUACAUAUAAAUACAACUCGUACAGAGUGUCGUUCUAGUAACAGCGUGGAUGGUGGUAGUGGUACUGUAUGUCUGAUUCAGCCUUCCAGCAACUCUUAAUUACGGUUAAAAAGCUUUGUGAGACUGUACAGGUCUACGCUUGCUGGUCUGAGCAUGCGCAGUUCACGAGAGACCAGUGUUUGUAAACAAAAGCGCCAGCUUUUAACGGUGGAGACACCAAAUAACACAACACCGGUUCAGGCAUUUCUAGUAUUACUGUCCAUAGGUAUGUGUCAAUGUGUGGUUUUCAGGUUUUGUAAGUUUUCUAAAAUACAGAUAAUGAAAUUUUGAAGUCAUCUAUGUUUUUUAUUUGAAAUAUCAAUAAUAUCGUUUUCGCCUAUCGGAAUUGUGGAUUUAUAUCGGGUAUCGGUUAUCAGUUAUUGCCUAUAUUUGUGUCUCCAGUUAACGAAUAUCGGUUAUCACCGAUAAGGUUUUCCAUUAUCAGUUAUCGGUUAUCGGGAAUAAGGUUUUCUGUAAUUGUGCCCAGCUAUGGUAGGCAGUGGCUGAAUGGUUAGCGUGCAGGCCCUGCAUUCACCUCAUGCUGAACGAUGCGGGUUUGAAUCCCCACGCUACCGCCUGGGAUUUUUCAGUCACCGCCGAGUGCCUAAGACCACUCAUCAAACCGGACUCUAGAAGAAACCAUCCAAGUGAAUCAGGAAUGAGCUCCGGGGGGCAGCAUGAGCCAAGAAUAAAUGGCGCCACUAUAAAAAAAUUGCCUGAGAGUUAAGUAGGGUUCUCAGAGCAGAUAGGGAUGGAAUGUUACGUAUUACUAAACAUGGCCAGAUCUGAACUUGAAGCUCAGCAUUAUCAAAAUAUAUGUGUGUGUGUGUGUGUGUGUGUGUGUAAUCCACCUCUUGGUCUGCUGUGGGUCUCUCUCGAGACAGCCAGCCGUUCCCCUACAGAAGAGCACAGAGCUCGUAGUACUAAUCUUUGGGUAGGACUGAAACCACUCACACGCAACGCACCGCUACAACGAGGUCACAACUCCUCGCAUGACGUCGCGUACCUACUCACUGCAAGGUGAAAAGGGGCUACGCGUGAAAGAAGAUAAACCCAACUUAUCUUCACCCGGCCGGGGAAUCGAACCUCAGUCCUUCAGGUUGUGAGCCAGAUGAUCUACCUCUGAGCUACCGGGCCGUGUGUGUGUGUGUGUGUGUGUGUGAGAGAGAGAGAGAGAGAGAGAGAGAGAAGCCAUGAGUAGGGGAAGGAGAGGGCAUGGGGCAGGUCACGCGGGCGGAGCUUUUAAGUCGCGUUUUGAGGAGAUUUACCCAAACACAGCAGGAGAACAGCUGUCAUCGGGUGGGAAGUGGCAGAUGUCACCUAUCAGCAAAUUUGAAAAGCAAAGCUAGCUGAGAUGGCCUA